AUGAACGAUCACACCUUGUGUUGCUCGGCAUCCCUCUUUGUUCAUCUUUUGUGGCGACCUCGGUGUAUUCUUCACAACACCUUAACUCCUUCACGUCUCAGUAUCAACAUCCUACCUCUCGUCUUAGUCGCGUCCCCUUCUUCCUCUCAAUCUCAAUUCAAUUUCAGAGAACAACAUCCUCAUCAUCUCAUCGAAAAUCGGUUCAAACGAAAACACAUACAUAUUCAAAAACAAAACUAUAAAGCAUACAGAAAGAAGAUGCAAGAUCAGUUUUUAUGUGAUAUGAUGAUAAAUAGUGAAAGGAAGUUAAGCCUACCGAUCAGAGAUGCUCCGAUGGCGCUUCGAAGUUGCUUAUAUCAAAACCAGAAAUCCACAGGUAUUUCGAUAUUCUCUUCUCCUUUUGCGUUUUGUGCUUUUUUGCAUGGAUGUGUUGUUGUUCUGCGAUGA